AUGAAGCUUUUGAAUCAUGAAUUGAUCGGUCGAGUUCCCGAGGUUGAGAAAGAGGCAUCUCAGCAAGUAUCAAGUCAAAAAUCUAAGCGCAACAAAACCUACCCAUCUCAUCAGCCCACUGAACAUGCUGAAGCGCUCAAAGGCCUACUUGCGGCAUUACCAACAGAACCUGAAAUGAACGGAAUCUUCAAGACUAAAAGUGGAUGGUGGAACUCCUGGCGUGAAUCGUUCGGGCUAAGCUGGGGCGACGAAGGCGAUUCCAGCCUUGAGGUGUUCGCUAUUCGGACUUUCCAGACCGGCCAUCCAGCUCUAGUUGGAAGUCUCUUACUCUGCUUUGCUCUCAGCACGGGUGACUUUGCAAAUUAUCUUUCUUCAGUAGAACAUUGGAUCCUGAACAAUGAUGAGCUUGCUGGCAGUAUAUAUGGCUUGCAGUGUUUGAUGGGCCUGGGGCUCUGCUUCAUGAGUUCCUUACAGCCCCGUCGUGCGUGGGCCACAUAUCGUAAGGCUAAUACGCUCUUGCAGCUUGCGGGAAUCCAUCGGACACACCGGAAGUCCAAUAGUCUGGAUACAAUUUUCUGGCAGUUGUUCUCGGCCGACCGAUGGGUUAGUCUGCUUAUUGGCCUGCCAUAUUCAGUACCCGAGAAUCUCUGUGAUCUUUAUAUUCCUCCACCAGAAGAGGAGUCAUUAGUCAACUUUCAUUACCGACACCUGUCAAUCCUGACUGGUCGGGUCAUUGAUUGCCUGCAGUCUGAUAAAAGUCCUACAUUAUCCACAGUCACAGGAGUGGACGAGAAAAUCGAUGAGAUUACGGCGCAUUUACCAUUCGGAUACCUGGAUCUGGAGCAGAUUAGACGAUGUCGAGAUGCAAAAGACAGGCACACUCGGGCUUUCCGCCUGGCUCAUGUUCACAGCUUGAAAGCACAGCCAUACAUGCCAUUAUUCUUGCAAGGAGCCCAAGGCGAUAAGCAGGAGUAUAGUCGGAUGGCUUGUGUGAGGAGCGCAAGGACUCUCCUAGAAGCGUAUCUUCUCCUGCAUGAGAGUGACCCUGCUGCGGCACGCACGGACAACAGCAUCAAACAAUCAGCACCGAGUGCGCUAACAGCAGCUGUGAUUGUCUUCUUGAAUAUGCUCGGUUAUGGGAGGAACGAUGCUGCAGGUGCAGUACAGGAAAGAGCCGCCGAGAAAGUCUAUGAUGAUGGGCUGAUUGAACGGACGCUGAUCGCUUUGAACAGCUGGUCAGAGGAUCAACCAGGCUCAUUAUCUGGCCAGUGCCAUGCCACGCUGAAAGACCUAGUGAAAAGCAGCCGAGGAUUGCACAAAGGAGAGCGUCGUGAGAUUGUCGUGCCAUACUUUGGCAGGGUGACUGUUGAUCGCAAAGAGGGCCCUUCGCAGGCUGCUGAUCCCUGGCUAGAGACUUCAAGCGGAGAAGGCCCUUUGUUGGAGUCGAAUGCCGAUAGCAUCGCUGCCUGGCCUGCCCUGUACGAUGAUUUUUAUCUUACCUAUUCCGGCCCAUGGACAGCGCAAGAUGAUUAUGUAGGAGGGCUCGUUGACAAUGCCGAUGCAGCAGCAGCUUUCGAUUGGAUAGCCGAGCCCGGUCACGGCUUUUGCCAAUACUGA